AUGGAGAACCCGGCGUUCACGGCGGAGCUCGACGUCACACGGGGUUCAUCCUACGGCAGGUUCGUCUCCGGCGUGCGCGACCAGCUCGUGCUCCAUGCCGGCGCGACGCGCCACCUGGAGCUCGUCUUGCUUCCAGCCCAGUCCGAGGACCCCGGCAAGGCUCCAUGGUUCGGCGUCACGCUCCGUUGCGGCUCCGGGCGCUCGGCGCUGCUCCGCAUACGCGCAGACAACCUCUACCUCUCCGGUUACCGGAGCUCAGACGGUCUGUGGUCCGAGUUCCUCGGUGGCUCUCUCAUCGCCGGCGCGACGCCGAUUUCGUUCGGCGAUAGCUACGGCGACAUGGCGAGAGUGGCCGAGACGGCACUCGAGGCACUCACCCUCGGCAAGGAGGAGCUCCAAGCCGCGGCGGAGCGCCUCACGGCCAGCGCCGGCACUCAGCAGGAGAUCGCAAGAUCGCUGAUGACCAUGUCGGUGAUGGUUUGUGAGGCCAUCAGGUUCAGGAGCGUCGGCGGCGCGCUCAGCCACAUGAUGUGCAACGCUGCCCGGCGAGGGGUGCUGCCGGCGCACAUGGUCGAGCAGGUGAAGAACUGGAGGAGCCUGUCCGAGUACUGGCUCGGGGCCGUCCUCUACGCACAGCCGUUCCUGCCGUACAUAGAGGCCGACGGCAGCCAGCACUAUGGCCACAUCCCCCAGCACCUGCUCGCGCCGGCGAAGAUCGACUGCCAGGACCACGCCAUGAUGGCGCUCGGCGUCGCGCUGAACCGGCAGAGGGGGCUGCAGGACAAGCACCCGGCGGCCUUCGACGAGCAUUGGCGCGCCGUGCGCGCCCACGCUCGCAAGCUUGACAGGGAAAGAGCAUCUGCAUCCGGCACAUGA